AUGUGGGAGCCUGUUGGCCAGCAAACUGUUGGAGAGCAGCCUGUGGGCCAGGAACAAAGCCAGCAGCCUGUUGGCGAGCCUUUGGGCCAAGAACCUAGUGAGCAGCCUGUGGGUCAGGAACCUAGUGAGCAGCCUGUGGGUCAGGAACCUAGCCAGCCAUUGGCCCAAGAGCCUGUGAGCCAGGAACCUGUUGGAGAGCAUCCUGUUGGCCAGCCUUUGGGCCAGGAACCUAGUGAUCCUUUAGGCCAAGAGUCUAGUGAGCAUGUAGGAGAGCCUGUGGGCCAGGAACCUGUUGGAGAGCAGCCUGUGGGCCAGCCAUUGGGCCAAGAACCAAGUGAGCAUGUUGGGGAGCCUGUGGGCCAGGGACCUAGCGAGCCUGUGGGCCAGGGACCUAGCGAGCCUGUGGGCCAGGGACCUAGCGAGCCUGUGGGCCAGGGACCUAGCGAGCCUGUGGGCCAGGGACCUAGCGAGCCUGUGGGCCAGGGACCUAGCGAGCCUGUGGGCCAGGGACCUAGUGCGCAGCCUGCUGGCGAGCCAUUGGGUAAGGAACCUAGCGAGCAUCCUGUGGGCCAGGAACCUAGCGAGCAGCUUGUGGGUCAGGAACCUAUCCAGCCUGUGGGUCAGGAACCUAGUGAGCCUGUGGGAGAGCAGCCUGUGGACCAGGAACCUAGCGAGCAGCCUGUGGGUCAGGAACAAAGCCAGCAGCCUGUUGGCGAGCCUUUGGGCCAAGAACCUAGUGAGCAUGUUGGAGAGCUUGUGGGCCAUGAACCUGGAGAGCAGCAUGUGGGCCAAGAACCAAGCCAGCAGCCUGUGGGCCAGGAACCAAGGAAGCCUGUGGGCCAGGAACCAAGUGAGAUUUUGGGUAAUGAACUCAGCGAGCCUGUGGGCCAGAAUCCUAGCGAGCUGCCUGUGGGCCAUGAAACUGUAGAGCAGCCUGUGAGCCAGGAACCUGUUGGAGAGCAGCCUGUGGGCGAGCCUUUGGGCCAAGAGCCUAGUGAGCAUGUUGGGGAGCCUGUGGGCCAGCAUCCUGUUGGGGAGCAGCCUGUGGGCCAGGAACUUGGCCAGCAGCCUGUUGGUGAGCCUUUGGGCCAAGAACCUAGUGAGCAUGUUGGGGAGCCUGUGGGCCAGCAUCCUGUUGGGGAGCAGCCUGUGGGCCAAGAACCGGGCCAGCAUCCUGUUGGGGAGCAGCCUGUGGGCCAAGAACCAAGCCAGCAGCCUGUGGGCCAGGAACCAAGGAAGCCUGUGGGCCAGGAACCAAAUGAGAUUUUGGGUAAUGAACUCAGCGAGCCUGUGGGCCAGGAUCCUAGCGAGCAGCCUGUGGGCCAGGAUCCUAGCGAGCAGCCUGUGGGCCAGGAUCCUAGCGAGCAGCCUGUGGGCCAGGAUCCUAGCGAGCAGCCUGUGGGCCAGGAUCCUAGCGAGCAGCCUGUGGGCCAGGAACCUAGCGAGCAGCCUGUGGGCCAGGAACCUAGAGAGCAGCCUGUGGGCCAGGAACCUAGCGAGCAGCCUGUGGGCCAGGAUCCUGUUGGAUUGCCUUUGGGCCAGAAACCUAUCCAGGAUGAAGACUCUGAGAGCUCCCAGUCCAAGCAGGCGUCUGAGAACCCUUUGACUUGGAGCUUUCCUGAAGUUGCAAAGCCUGAGCACAGGCCUACUGUGUCUGAGCGGCUGAAGCAGGUGGCGGCCAACAGUGUGUCGGCUCAGUGUGGGGAGAGUGUGGUCCGGGUGCAGGUGAACCAGGACCUGCUGGGGAUUGGCCGGCUCAUACAGCCAGAGCGUAUCACUCUAGGAGGUUGUGCUGCCACUGAGGAGGACGCGGAAGCUCAUGUGAUCACCUUUGAAUCAGAGCUGCAUGGCUGUGGCAGUGAGCUGAAGAUGACUGAGGAUGUGCUGAUCUACACCUUCACGCUUGUCUAUGAGCCAAAACCUCUUGCUAACACUUCUAUAGUGAAAACCAGUGCAGCUAUGGUUGAUAUUGAGUGCCACUACUUGAGGAAUCACGAUGUGAGCAGCAAUGCCCUGAAGCCAACCUGGAUCCCCAACAUUUCCAACAUGGUGAAAGAGGAACCCCUCUACUUCUCCCUGAGGUUAAUGACUGCUGACUGGCAGUUUGAGAGGCCCUCCAACCAUUACUAUCUUGGUGACAUGAUCAACAUGGAAGCCUCGGUCAUGCCGUACCACCACGUUCCCCUCCGUGUCUUUGUGGACCGCUGUGUUGCCACCUUGGCGCCUGAUGUCCACACUGUCCCUAGAUAUUCUUUCAUUGAGGACCAUGGGUGUCUGGUUGAUGCCAAGUUGACUGGCUCCAGCUCCCAGUUCCUGUCCAGAUCCCAGGAUGACAAGAUCCAGUUUCAGCUGGAGUCCUUCAGGUUCCAACCACAGAUUGAUUCCCAACAGCUCUACAUAACAUGUCAUCUGAAAGCAUCUGCAGCCUCUUCCCCCAUUGAUGCUGAGAACAAGGCCUGCUCUUUCACAGAUGGCUGGAAGGCUGCAGGUGGGGAUGACCAGAUGUGUGGCUGCUGUGACUCCAGCUGUGCUGUGAGCAAGGCUAGAGAUCUGGACAGUGAUGUAGAUAUGCAGAAGGAAGGUGAAGCUACCUUGGGCCCUAUCAUGGUCCAAGAGUAAUAUUACAAGAAUCUUUCCUAUUUUUAACUUUGAGGAGAAUAAAUCUGUUACAAUGUUCA